AUGUGGACGGGUGGUGUGUUCUACCUCAUUCUGUGUGCUGCACGCAUGCUGAAGUCUGAAAGCGGGACCUCCUCUGACUGCGUGGUCCCCCUGGUCAUCGUGCCCGGGGACAGCGUCGGGAGGCGAGCCUGGAGGAAGGAGGCAGGCAGCUUCCCUUUGGCACAAAGCAUCCUCCGUGGUGUCGAGACCAGCGUGCACAAGCUGCCUUACCUGGUGGUCCUGGACUUCCCCCCCACUCCCCCAGAAAUGCUCUUGUGUCUGCCAGGAGGCAAUGAGGGCAGACGGACACUGUCUGCUGCUGGGCAGCUGGACACGAAGGCGCUGGCCACCAGCUUCAUUUGUCACCGGGUGCGCACGGGCGAGGCGCGCAGGUUGCACACUGCGCUAAGGAGGUGGGUCAGGUUCCUAUGCGGCAAGGCCCUCAGUGCCCUCCAUCUGGCUUCCAAGAAGGCCUCCCCGGGCAGGGUCACAGCAGCCGUGCAGCAUCCGCCGCACCCCAGACCAACAGGUCAGCGCCUCGGCCCAGGAGAGCUCAAGAAAUGCCUGCCUCCCGCCUAG